AUGCUCAAUGUUGACGCAAUCACCAUGAUUCGAUGUAUCUUUGGGACAUUCUCCGCAUUUUUCUCUUUGGCCAUUCUCUGCCUAGCACAGCAGGCGCCAGUUAUCCAAACAACGUCAGGAAAAAUUCAAGGCAAAGCAUUGUCAAAUAGGACCAACGCCUAUCUCAAUAUCCCAUAUGCUCAACCGCCCAUCGGACCGCUCCGCUUCCUUGCCCCUCGCCCUCUCCUAACUCCAUUGCGGCAGCGCAAUGGGACGGUAUUCGGCAAUUCGUGUAUUCAAAUUGCGGCCCCGACGCCGAUUUAUACAGUGGAGAGUGAGGAUUGCCUCUAUCUCAAUGUCUGGACUUCACCAUCCGCGACGUUCAAGCACAGGCCCGUCUUCAUAUGGUUGUACGGUGGCGGGUGGAAUUCCGGGACCGCCAGUGGCUACUUCAAUGACCUCACCAAAUGGGCAACGGCACACCCGGAGAUUGUCUUUGUGUCGAUAAACUAUCGACUCAAUUUUUACGGGUAUACCAACUCGCCUGCUCUUUCUGAUAAAGACACAAAUGUUGGCCUCCGUGACCAACGAGCAGCAAUCGAGUGGGUGGUCGGAAAUAUUGCGUCAUUUGGCGGUGAUCCGACCCAUGUUGUUCUUGGAGGUCAGUCAGCAGGCUCAGCCAGCGUAGCUCAGUAUCUGUACGCGUACCCUCUGCUACCUCUUAUUCGUGGCGCAAUCACGAUGAGUGGUCAAGUUGCGCUUGCAAACAUUUCGGCCGUGGUCAAUAUUCCCAGCUUACCGACUCGAGGUUCGAAUCCGUUCCCGGCGAUUGCGGCCUCGGUCGGUUGCCCUCUCACCCAAGACAAAUAUGCCGCUCAGCUCGAUUGCGUUCGAACGAAGACAGUCGCCGAAAUCACGCAGGCCAUCAGCGUGAAUAACAUAUCGGGGAUAACUCCAUAUGUUGACAACCAGACUGUAUACACGUCAACAGAAUACAAGGAAAGGGCAAUGAGUGGGAGGUUUGCUCGUGUGCCUCUGUUAACCGGCACAACAGAGAAUGAAGGCGACCUCUAUGUCAUCAACCGCGCAACGAACACCCUGAACCAAACGCUCUCAGACUUGAUCACACUUGCCACCUUUAGAUGCCCGGAUGCGAUACAAGCAAGGUGA